UUGCUGGAAGCUGCAAAACUCCCAUAUCUUCUAGAAGAAAAUUUUUGCUCAUUUAAUUGUCAACCUCUCUUUAAGAGAUUUUCUUUUAAUAGUUGGGAAAGCUGUCACUGAAAAUCUGAAUGAAUACAGCAGCUAAAAUAAUGGCUCGUACCCUGAAGCUGGCUUUGAUCCAGAUGGAAGUGUCUGCAGUGAAAGCAGAUAAUUUGAUGCGAGCAAUGAGUCUCGUGGGAGAAGCGAAGAAACAAAAUGCAGAUGUUGUUGUUUUACCUGAAUGUUUCAACUCACCUUAUGGGACAAAUUAUUAUUUUCAGAACAUUUUGAGCCCAAUGCAGAAGAAGUUCCCACUGGAGAGAGCUGCACCUCACUCUCUGAUGCAGCUAAAACCAAUAAAGUGCAUUUGAUUGGUGGCUCCAUUCCCGAGAGACUUGUGGAGAAUGGAACCGCCAAGUUGUUCAAUACGUCCACUGUUUGGUCCCCUGAAGGGACACUGAUGGCCAAGCACCAGAAAGUGCAUUUGUUUGAUAUUGACAUUCCUGGAAAGAUCACUUUCAAGGAGUCGGAGACUCUAUCUCCUGGUAGAGGUCUCACUACUUUUGAUAUUGGCAGCUGGAAAGUGGGCUUGGGCAUUUGCUAUGAUUUGCGUUUCAACGAAAUGGCCACAAUUUAUAGAAAAAUGGGAUGCAGUCUGCUUUUGUACCCUGGUGCGUUCAACAUGACCACUGGACCGCUGCACUGGGAGCUGUUGAUCAGGGCCAGGGCCGUGGAUACGCAGUGCUACGUCGCAGCGAUCGCUCCCGCCAGGACUAAGGGCGCUGGCUAUCAGAGCUACGGCAACUCCAUGCUUGUGGAUCCUUGGGGAAAGAUUCUCUGCAGGGCUGAUGCUGACGAGGAAAUCAUCUACGCUGACAUAGACCUGUCUACUGUAGAAGAAUUCAGACAGCAAAUUCCAGUCUACUCUCAAAGGAGGACUGACCUCUAUGAUACUGUCGAAAAGUGAGCAAACUCUUUAUCCUACUUAUUGAGAUUUAGCUGAUCCUAAGGGCUGACCUAAAAGGUCAGAUGUGCUGCCUGAAUUGCAAAUCAAUAUGAGAUCUUGUCUUUGUGAAAUACUUGAAAAUAUAUAUUUUGAUUUGAUAAAAUCCAA